AUGGCCGACCAACACCCACGCGUAUCUACGCCCAUCGGCUCGAGAAGCGCCGUCCGACGACACCUUCGCUCGAGUUCCCAAUCCCCGUCUCGUCAUCAACCUCGCAUCGGUGACGAUUUGCUCUCCCAACUUUCCCCUCAUGCCGCAGUCGAUGCCCUUCGAUCUCCUACCGGUCCCUUAAAAAUAUGUAUGGACCGCGCCUCAGCCUCCGAGCAGGCUUUUGCUAUGCGAACCGCAAUUGCUUCCAAGAAAAUACGCGACUGGCUCGAUGAGCUCUCGAGCUGGCCAUGGCCCAAAGAAAAUGGCUCAACCGGCUUCGAGAUGCCCCCUUCUAAGAGGAGGAAGCUCUUCGAACCAGAUACAACGCAAGAUCGCAAGGAAAAGUCUUCCGAAUCCGAUUUGCCCUUUGAUACCGACUACCUUGGCAGCUUACGCGCUGCUGAUGUGGACCGCUAUGAGCUACGGGUGGAGCAGAUACAGCAGGAUCUGGAUGAUCUAGAUCUGGAGGAGAUUAAGAAUCAAGUCCUACACAACCACAUCCUGCCUCUAUCUCGACCUAAUACUCCCUUCGAAGGCGACCGCUCCGCCACGCCUGGCUUGACGCUUGCGAAGAUGGAAGACUUGACUGCGGCCGUCACCGCCAUUACAGUACAGGCUUUGCCUAAUUUAUCCAAGCUAUCAAGGCUUCUCAAUACGUGGACUGUUCGAUUGCUUGUGCUACGGAAAGUCCCGUCCGUACUCGUAAUGAUUGAGGAUGCUGAAGUUGCUCUUCGCUCUGGCUGGAGCGUAAUCGCAUCUGACGAAUCUGGUCUAACAAAACCUAGCGGACAAGAUGGCACUAAAGAAAAGCGACCUAAGCUUUCUAAACAGGAAUUCGACGUAAUGAAGCGCGUUCUACAGCAGAAGGUUACGAAACCCGGCCGAGCCCUAGACUAUAUGUUGGAUACAUUGGAAGGGUCAAUGGACACUCUACCCGAUGAGUGGUUAGAUCGAAUGGAAGAAGUUGAGCGAGACUACGCUAUAUGGGAAACAACGGCGGAACGACAAGUCCUGGCAGGCGAGAAAUCUAACAACGUUUCUCGUACCGAGCCAGAAACACCUCGAUUAAAGAUCCAGGUCCACGGACCGAGUCCGACUAAGGAUCUACCGGAGGAAUCAGAUGCCAACCAAUUCGCGUCGCCUCCAACACCGUCCGAUUACUCACCGGAAGUUACUCCUUCUAAGGGCCCGAUAACCUCUCAUCCGGUACUCUUAAAACGUGCACUUGGCGGACCUUCCCAACGGGGCGCGGUCAAGUUUGCGGUUAACGAACCGACCAAGAAAUCUGUUCCCCAAACUAAUAACUCGAGCCGGCGUAUUACGAUGGUACACGUGAGAAGCGGCCAAUAUCAUCCAAGACUGCCACCCCUAGGUCGUCAAUUGGAGAAAACUAGCAACGCGCAAGCGACCAGGAGCGGGGAGACGAGUCCUGUACUGGGCGAAGUCGACCAGAACAUUAUUCGCAACCCUCCCCAAGAAUCUAAGAAGCUUGGUGUUAAUGAUAAGGAGUCAGCUGUGGAUGAUGAUAUUGAGUCCUCAGUCCUAGAGCCUUCAAUCUUAGAGCCAGUUGAUGAGGAAGGAGAGGAUCUUGAAUUACCCCCCGCUCGCCUUAGAGAGCGCAGAAGUAGUGGGGGGUCUUUGGCUUCUACAGUCAUACAUGGCCCGCCCACUGGUUUGUUCGGGCGGUCUGACGAUAUGCUCUCUCGAGAAGGGUCUAUGGAACCAGAUCUGCCACGUUUGGCGGAUCCCGAUGAGCCGUUCUCAAGCGAUGCUAUUAGUCCUCCCAGCUCACCGCCAUUGCGGUACAAAACGCGGUCUACGUCGGUCACGUUUAAGGAUGUUCCCGAUAUAGCCACGUUGCCUGAGGCAGACAGUACCCCACCACGAAGUCCCCUUGAACCUCCCGAGCUCUUUGAUGCUGAUACUUCGUUCGACAAUGACAGCCUACUUGGCAGCCCUGGCCGUAUGAGCACGGUUAGCUCUCUAAGCGAAGAUGAACAUCUCCAUCAACAAAUCAGUGAACUCCUUGAGACUAUCCCGGCUAAAAUCCGUUUUAAGAGGACGCCUGGUGUCAAUCUGAACCCACCCGAUUUUCAACUUCCCCCGCGACCUAAAUCCAGGACAGACAACACGCGUCGCAGCAAUUCCAGUUUAUCUUCACGCGCUGGAACACCAUUUUCCCGCAGCGGAACUCCUUCGUUCAUGCUAGCACCAGCACGAGACGGCCGCCCAAGGACAAAGAGCAGUCAAGGAAUUAGGGUUUACCACUUGAGCCGGCCUACAGGCGAGCCUCCGCUGAAGCUACUUGUCCGCUGCGUUGGAGAACAUGGAGAGCGAGUAAUGGUUCGCAUCGGGGGUGGAUGGGCCGAUUUGGGCGAAUACCUUCGCGAGUAUGCUUUACAUCAUAGUUCGCGAUCUAAAGGUGAAGGAAAGGUAGAUAUUAGAGAUCUACCGGCCGUGCCCAGCGGCCUAGGGUCAAGUCCGUCAAGUCGACCCGGCUCCGCUUUAGAUACUCCUGCUACGCCCCUCGUCGUCCGGAAAACUAGAAAGAGUCUGGGCGAAGAAGGGGCGCCAAGGUAUCCAAAGACGCCAUUGUCCAAUGCAAGGCAAGAGGAAGAUACACCACCCUCCGAGUCAUCAGCUAGGUCGCGCGCCUCGUCGCGUAUGGAUUGGGAUGAGGAGGAUAGUGCACUUGGGCUAGCUGGUCCAAAAGGCAAGAAAGUCGAUAUGAGUGACGAGAGUCGAGCUUGGGUCGAAAGCGUGAAGGAGAAGGUCCGCAUCGCUAGUGGCGAGCGGGUAGCCCCUCCAGAUCAACGGUUAGACACGAAAUUCGGUGAGAUAGGAAAAGUCGGAGGUACGAAACGGCUGUUUAGGAAAAACUAG